UAUAUUAGAUAGAAAAAAGGUUCUUCUUCGAUCAUUCUUCAAUCAAUGGCAGACUGGUCUGAGCUCCCAAAGGAACUCCUCCACCUAAUAUCGAAACACCUGGAAAGCCCUCUUUACCUUCUUCGUUUUCGAUCGGUGUGUUCCUCAUGGCGGUCCUCUUCUUUCCCUUUGCCAAUAACCCUCUCCAACCACCCCAUUUCCCACACCUUCUCCCUCUCUACACGCACCCUCUUUCUCAUCACCCCUCCCAACGAUCACUCUCUCCCUUGGCUUAUCAAAAUUGCCCAUCAGCCACGCUCCACCACGCGCCUCUACGAUCCCCUCUCCGGCUUCCUUCUUAAACGACACCGAUUCCUUCUCGACCUCUACCACCUACCCGUCCUCCACCUGGCCCACGAGUUCUCCCUCGCUGACACGUGUCCCAACUCCCUCUACAUGGAGAAGGUCGUCCUCUCUUGCCUUACUCCUCAAAAUGACCGUUUUGUCCUUCUCACUAUCCAUAUUUCCGGUAAACUCGCUCUCUUCAAGUGCGGCGAUUCGGACUGGACCAUUAUACCCGACAUGCCGACUCCAUACGACGACGUUUGCGUCUUCGAGAGAGGGCUCUACGCGGUGGACAACACGGGUCGAACCGUGAAGGUGGGGUUGGACUCGGGUUUGGAUUUGGUGGCUGAACCGGUUUUUGGUGGGGACAAGAAGUACUUGGUGGAGAGUGAGGGGGAGUUGUUGCUGGUGGACAAGUACUUGUCCUCCAAUUACUUUUGUAGUUCGGGUUUGUUUUUCGAGGAGUACGAUGAAGAGGACGAUGGUGAAUUGUGUGAGUUUGGGUGGGAGAGGACGGUGAGGUUUGGUUUGUUUAGGCUCGAUCAAGAGGGGAAGAGGUGGGUGGAGUUGAAGAGUUUGGGGGAGAGGGUCUUGUUCUUGGGUGAUGAUUGUGCUUUUUCUGCUUCUGCCAGGGAUUUGCGUGUUGCCAGAGGGAAUUGUGUUUUGUUUAGAGAUGAUGCGUUUGGUGUUGAUGGCGUGGGGAGUGGGAUCGGUGUUUUUUGCUGUGAUGAUGGCCGGAUUUCGCCUCUGUCCGAUUGUCCCGGUUAUUCCCAGUUGUUCUGGCCGCCACCGGAUUGGGUUGGGUUGCAUUGAUACUUGAAAGAGAAUAUGUACGUAGAAUGUAUGUAUGCUGUACGGUAGAUGGUAUCUGAAUGUUCUGUUGAUGAAUUGUGAUAUGAAUUACAUGAAUUUGACUUCUUUAAAGUUAGGAGAUAUGUUAUGUUUGAAAGUUAAGGGUGUAGUUGCUGUUGAUUUGAAUUGAAGUAUCUUGUAAAUUUAAACUUACAUAUUUGAAUCUACAAUAUGUAUGCCUGCAUUUACCCACUUAAUGGGUCUCCGCAUUUUAGAGGAUUCAAGUUUGAAUAUCUGCAUUGCUUGGGUUACAAUUCACUUGUUUUGUACCUAUAUAGUGCUUAGUGCUGUUUUAGUUCUACGGUACAUCAGGUAUUACUUCAUUAUUAAUUUGUGCAUCUGUUUUGGUUCAGCCUAUGACUGCUUAUAUAGCACAGGAUGGAAGAUGGAUACGUUUAGUGUUAGAUUUAAGGUGCAUUUGGUUGAAUAACUUGAUUAAAUGUCUAUUUAUUAAGAAGUUUUCUUGUUGAUUGAGUACUAAUUCCAUAAGUGCUUAAGAGUUAAGACAGCUAGUGGAAUUGUUGCAGUUGAGAGGGAUAUUGAGAAUGAGGAAGUAAACAGAUUCACCAUAAGCUUAUUAAAAUAAGGGAAAAAAAAAAAAAGCUUAUAAGAGAUCUUAAGCUUAACCAACACAUAUAAGUUUUGUUUCUAAGUGUUUAGAUCAUAGUUAUUAAAAGUUAAAGCUGGACUGAACUGACUGGUUGAACUGGGAUUUGUUUAGGUAACCGCUUCAUUUACAAACAACAAGAACAAUAGCUAAGCUUUAACUUUAUCCCAUUAGGUGAAGUCUGUUACAUGGAACUCGGUCAAAAACCAAAUUUUUAAAAUUCUGGUUAAUCAAAAUAUCUCUUUUAAUAACUUUAUUUCAGGUUCUUUUGGGUCUCCCUCGACCCCUUUUUACCGGAGUAAGAAUCAUGCAAUUCACUCUCCUUAAUGAUGCCAACAAAGGUAGCUGCUUUAAUAUGAUUUUUGGUAUAAACCACAAUUUGGAGUCAAUAGUAUGUCCUGCCACCAAGGCCACUGGGCAUCCAUACUUGGAUGGUUAUUUCCGUUGAGCAUACAUGCUUCUGGAGGGACUACAGGAAUAAUAAAUAGAUCAUAAAAGGAUUUGUUAGAUUGUUUCUAAAAAGUGGAAGUAAAAAUUCUUCAUCCAGGAACUGCAGAUCUUCUCCACAGUUCGUUUUCUCAUCCUAAAUGGCAAUUACUGUGUUCCUUUUAGUGAUUUUAGUGAUGUGGGAAAUAUUGCGCUUUGUCUCAAGUUUUGAAAUGAUGACUUCUAUUUGCCAUACUUCAUUUUUAAUUAUUUUGCCAAUAAUUUUAAAUAGAUCUUUCUCAUAUAUAAUAAUGCACUCUUGGCUGCUGGAAAUGUUAUGCACUCUCUGAAGAGACAUUUAUAUCAUGACAUCGCUGAUUAUUGGGGGUAUAACUGCAAGUAGAGGGCAUUUGAUGUUAAUAUUGCUGUUUUCACCACUUCAUUUUGCCCUAGUACAAAAUUGUGCUGUUUUGGUACAUAUUGGAUUGUGGCCCUAUACUGGGCUGACUUAUCUCUUAAACUAUCUUUCUUCCUUUAGAAAUUGCCCUGAGUUGGGGUGACUCUAAAUUGCUGUGUAAGGUAUUCAGGAAUAAUCUAUUAAGAAUACAAUGGUUCUGCUAAUAUGGUGGCUUAUGCAACUAAUGCAGGUAAAGCAACAUGCUUAGUGCUCCAGUGUAAGAUGAAUAAGGGCCAAGAUGCUUGGAUGUGGUGGAAAGACCAAUUUGCCUCACCCAUUGAGCCAUUAACAAUUUGUUGAGAUUGAUCAAGCUGGUAUUGCAUAUUGAAUUAUGAUUGCUAAGCUCGUCAAUUCAGCCUGUCAUAUACCUACAAGUUCAUGUAGACAAGAUGAUUGAUGCCCUUUGCACUUGGAAAAGCAAUUGAUUGAUGACCUACUAUAUGUCCCCUAGUAACCUAAUCUCAGUAAAGCGGCAUGCAUGAACUCCCAAGUUUACCCAUUAUGAAGCAAGUUUAGUGGAUGGAAAAAUUUCUGAGUUUGCACGGCUCAACACCAAAAUAGUCAAUGCUUAACAGCUUAUUUGUUUAGACGGUACAAUCUCAGUUUUGAGAAACCGAAAUUUGUUUCCUUUUGUUAAAUAUCCGCUCAUUUGCCUCGUAAUUUGAGAAUUUUACUUGUAAUAAUUCCAUUUGCAAUGACAGCCAAACAGGUAAAUAAAUGGAUACAUCAAUAUAUCAUUUUAUAUAUAUUUAUUUU